AAUGGACAAUUAAUAUGAUUGGUCAAAGCAUUAAUUUCAAUAGGUGGAGAAGAAAAUCAUAACUGAUUAGGAUGUUGAAAAAUUCAAGAAGACAAAAAUACUUGGAGAAUUAUUAACAUUCUUAUAAUCACUAAUACAAUCAAUCUAACAUAAGAAAAUUUCAUAAACAGCAGAUAAUUAAAAAUUUUAACACAUUUGUAUUCUAUUAUCAUAUGAUAAGAAUAAUUAUUUUAAUAGUUAGAAUAGUUACUUUUGAAAGUACCACCAAUUUAAUAAUCAAUGAGAUAUGGCAACAAAGCCUUUAGAGAUUGGUUAGAUUAAAUUGGCCCUAUAGUUGAUGAUUAUCUUAAAAAUUAAUUACCUUAGAAUUUGUAAAAUGCUGCUGUUGAACUUCGAUCUUAUUUAUUGGAUUCAUUUGGAAAUAAAUAAAGAAUAGACUAUGGAACAGGACAUGAAUUUUAAUUCUUCCUCUUUUUGUUUUCUUUAUUUAGAUUAGGCAUUUAUACUGAAUAGGAUUAUGAAGGAAUAGUGAGAUUAGCAUUUUAUAGGUAUUUAAAUAUUAAUUACAAUAUUAGGUAUAUAAAUUUUGCAAGAAAAGUGCAAAUGACUUAUAUGCUUGAACCAGCAGGUUCUCAUGGAGUUUGGGGAUUGGAUGAUUAUUAAUUUUUACCUUUCGUAUUUGGAGCUGCAGAAUUGGUUUGAAAAUUAAUCUAUUUUUAGAUAUAAAAUGAGGAUGGUAUACUUCCUGAUUGUAUUAUUAAAGACAACAUUAUUAAGAAUUAUAAAGCAGAAUACAUGUUUUUUUAAUGUAUAGAUUUCAUUAAUAAUGUAUAACAUUAUUUUUAUGUUAAAAGGUUAAAAAAGGACCAUUCCAUGAGCAUAGUCCAAUUUUGCAUAGUCUUACUAAUUUGACUGGAUGGGAGAAGGUGUGUUCUGGAUUAUUAAAAAUGUUUUAAGGUGAAGUGUUAUUCAAGCAUCCUGUUAUAAAACAUACAUAUUUUGGAACAAUUGUUGAGUUUAAAUGAA